AUUCGCGGUCAGUCUUCUGUCGACCGUGAGCAAGUACAUAUCGAGACUGCGAAGUUGUUCAGAUAUCAAGACGCCCAUAGAAAGCCGACGAUGUUGUGUACCUGCUGCGUGGCGAUAAUCGCCAUUCUAUAUUUCCUGUUUGAUGUGAACUACUUUAUAAGAAUUAUUCUCACUGUUGCAUGGGGCAGACUAUUCGAGAAGAAGAAGAAACUCUUCGACACGACCACGAUUUACGGCAUCUGUACUACUCAGGACGUUGACUUGGUUUUGAAACACAUGAAUAACUCGAGAUACUUACGUGAAUUGGAUUUUGCGCGUUUCCAUUUUUAUGACAAGUUAGGAAUUUAUGCAGCGAUUGCAAAAAGAAAAGGCGGUGGUGUCCAAGGUGCAUCUACAAUACGAUAUCGCCGAGCAAUUCCUAUUUUCACGCUGUACAAAGUUACAACAAAGCUUAUUUACUGGGAGGGCAAACAUUUUUACAUAGAGCAACAGUUUAUCAGUCUCACGGAUAAUUUUAUUCGCGCCGUUGUAUUAAGUAGACAAACUGUGACUGGAUUGAAAGAUUCUGUGGACGAUGUUAUUACUGAAAUCGAACCAGGAGCGAGUAAACCCGAGCCUACUAAAGAACUUCAAUUGUGGCUGGACUCUAUGGAAGAAUCAUCUAAAAAUCUAAAGAAAGAGAAAUGAGGAGAUUGAUUUUUUAAUGCAUAAUUGUGCUUAAUUGUUGUUUCCGUUAUUUAUUUUAUUUUCGUUAAAAAAUUGCGUUAUUUUGUUACAUUUUAAAACACAUUUAAGAAAUCAAAUAUUAUUAUUAAAUUAGAAACUAUAAUAUUGAAUUUGACAUUAAUUGGGAUUGAUGUUGACCAAAGCAGCGAAUAAAAUUUUAUUUAAAUUUAAAUUUUAUUUAAGCUUAUAUGACAUUUUAUUCUCUAUUUUGUUCAAGAUUGUACCUUAAUUAAUACCAAAAUAUAUUUAGUAUUAGAGUCUUUUAAAAUAUAACAUUUUAUUAAAUACAUUUCGAAGUGUCAUUAACAUCACUUUAUAAAGAUAAUCUAAAAUGAGAAAUUACAUUCCAUACUACAUAUACAUACAUAUUGUAACAGAAAAAUGACAAUGGAGCUAACAAAAUAUAACCAAUUUUUU